AAACUGCCGGUCCGGACGCCCCCGUGGACCGACGGAGGCCGGUUCGGGCCAACGGAACCGCGCAGGGGGCCGCUGUCGGCCAUGAAGCGCUGCUGAAGAGGCUCAGCUUGCUGGAGGAUGUUGUGUACCGACAGCUUAACGGUACCACCCGAACCACUCACAUGCUUCUCUUACUAAGAGUUAGUGCUUGAAACCGGGGGUGUACAGUGUGUGGCUCGGGGGCCAUUUAGGGAACAUGGUUUCAUUUUUUAUUUUAUAUUUUUAUAUUAUCUAAUAUUUAAAAUGUUAAAUAAUGGAGUCAUUGAUUUAUAAUUAUUUAUUAUUUUCUUUUAUUUUAAUAAUUCAGUAUUUAUAAUACAUAUUUUUAAUUGAAUCAUACACAUUGUAGAAAUGAAAACAAAAAAGGGAAAAAUAGAGCAAAAAGGCACAUUUUAACACAAAGCUUUUUCUUUAAACAUACAGUCAUGGAAAACACGAUUAAACCAGCCUUGUUUCUUCAGUUUAGUGGUCCUUUGUAAUGCCUGGUACAACUAAAGCUACAUUUGUUUGGACAAAUAUAAUGAUAACAAAUAUGGCUCAUAAGAGUUUCAUUUAAGAGCUGAUAUUCAGCAACUCCUCUGGUUUUCUUGAUCCAUCCAUCCAUUUUUUUAUGCCGCUUGUCCUCCUUAGGGUCGCAGGGGGUAUGCUGGAGCCUAUCCCAGCUGACUUCGGGCGAGAGGCGGGGUACAUCGCAGUGGUUUCUUGAUAAUAACCAAAAUCACUUAAGCUCUUACCUGAAUAGCUAUAGCAUUGUACUGCCAAAAAAUUAACUCUUAUGAUCUAUUUUUGUUGUCAUUGUUAUAUUUGUCCAAACAAACGUACUUUUAGUUGUAUCAGGCACUAAAAUGAACAAGAAACUGGAGAAACAAGGGGGGGGUCUAAUCAUUUUUUCCAUGACGUCUAUAAUGUUGGGGGGGAUAUGUUUUUCAUAAAACCAGAACACUAUAUAAAUAUCAGACUGCAUCAUUUGAUUUUUCAGCAUGUUUCCACACCCCUGCUUUAAAUAAAUACUGUUCUAAUCAAUUGGUGCAUGAAUUUUAAAAAAAUGCAAUAUAGUCAUGACAGUAAUCAUUUUAAACAUUUUCAUCCUUAUUUGUGAAACUCUGCAUCCUCAGUCAUCAUACUACAUUUAUAGAUAUUUAUUGAUAAUUGAUCAUUUUUAUAUUGAUUACAUUUUGCAGCUUCUUGUCCGGUCACUGGGACCCUAAAAUAAAUGACUGUAAAUAAAUGCUGACCUGCUACACACCAAAAAGGAGGACAGGAAGCGGGUCACGCAGGAGGACGUCACCGUUCCGUUUGUGUUCUGGCUUCUUAAUUCAGGUCUGUCCAAAUCCCUGGGCCUGAUCGAGGGCUUCGGGGGCCGGGGGUCGGGCGGCCUCCCUGCCACGCUGACCCCGGCCGAGGAGAGUGAGGCCACGCACCUGCGGGACAAGUAUGGCUACAACGCUUACCUGAGCGACAGGAUCUCUCUGGACCGGAGCAUCCCGGACCACAGACCCAGCCGUGUCGUCUAUCGUGUGUGCGUAGGUGCAAAGAGGUGUCCCACUUGAGAGACCUCCCCCAGAUGGCUCUCAUCUUCAUCUUCGUCAACGAGGCGCUGUCGGUCAUCCUGCGUUCGGUGCAUUCAGCUGUCAAUCACACGCCACCUCACCUGCUGAAGGAGAUCAUCCUGGUGGACGACCACAGCGACGACGAGCAGCUGAAAGGACCUCUGGAGGAAUACGUGAAAAAACGCUACCCCGGCCUGGUCAAGAUCGUCAGGAACCAGAAGAGGGAGGGGCUGAUCAGGGCCAGAUUGGAGGGCUGGAAGGUGGCCACCGCCGAGGUGACGGGAUUCUUCGACGCGCACGUGGAGUUUACCCCAUUCUGGGCCGAGCCGGUUCUGUCCAGAAUCAAGGAGGACCGCGCGAGGAUCAUCCUGCCGUCCAUCGACAACAUCAAACACGACACCUUCGAAGUGGAGCGCUAUGAGAAUUCCGGUCACGGCUACAACUGGGAGCUGUGGUGCAUGUACAUCAACCCACCCAAACAGUGGUGGGACGAGGGGGACAUGUCGGCCCCCAUCAGGAGUCCCGCCAUGAUCGGCUGCUCCUUCGUGGUCAACAGGGUCUACUUUGGCGAGCUGGGCCUGCUCGACCCGGGCAUGGACGUUUACGGAGGGGAGAACAUCGAACUGGGCAUCAGGGUGUGGUCGUGUGGGGGCAGCAUGGAAGUUCUUCCAUGUUCCAGAGUGGCUCACAUUGCCCGCAUGAAGAAGCCCUACCACAGCAACAUCGUCUUCCACAUGCGCCGCAACGCCCUGCGCGUGGCCGAGGUGUGGAUGGACGAGCUCAAGUCCAACGUUUACCUGGCCUGGAACAUCCCCAUGGAGAAUCACGGCAUCGACUUCGGAGACGUCUCCGAGAGGGUGGAGCUGAGGAAGAAGCUGCAGUGUAAGAACUUCCAGUGGUACCUGGAAAACAUCUACCCUGAGAUGAAGACCUACAACAACACCAUCUACUACGGAGAGGUCCGCAACUCCAAAGCGACCCACUUGUGUUUGGACCAGGGCAUCAAGGAGAACCACACAGCCACCUUGCACCCCUGCCAUGGGUGGGGGCCCCAGUUAGGACGUUACACCAGAGAAGGUGAGCUGUACCUGGGUCCACUGGGCAGCACCGGGGGGGACACUCGCUGCGUGGUGGAUGACCCCAGCAGCACCUUGCCACAGCUGGUGGACUGUGACAAUGUGAAGGACGUCCAGCAGACCAAGUGGAUUUACACUCAGGGCGACUCCAUGGUAAACGCCGCCACGGGGCGCUGCCUGGAGGUGGUGCCCGCAAACGUCUACUUUGGACACCAGGUGGUGCUGCAGUCCUGUUCUGGACAGAGGUGGACCAUCAAGAACACCAUGAGCCAGUAGACGCUGCUUGAUGACAUCACCGGGUCACCUGUGGACGGGGACGAAGCCACAAGCAAGUUCUCUCAUCUUCAUUGACGUCUGCAUUGUUGUAGUCUGCAAAUAACGCGUCUUCAAACGUAUAAAAGACGAACAUUAAAGGAGCGCGUAAAUACGUCCGUCCUAGCAUGUUUUUCUAUGUUGUGGACAUUCUUAGCGGACGCUAUUGUGCCCCAUUGCAGCGUCUGCAUCUUGAUGCAUGCAGCAGGACAAAGCAGGUCCAUUCAUGGAUGUGAUGUGAAAGUACUGUCAGAGGACAAGUGGAGGAAGGAAAGUGAGGGGCUGGAUUGAUUGUUCUGACGUCAUCAUGAUGUCAUGGGUUUUUUUGGUCAACAUGUCUUCCAAUAAAGCACUUACUUGAUACUUUACGUCAGUGGUCACCAACCUUUUUGAGACCAAGAUCCGUGGUCUCGGCCGCGAAACUGCUCAAGGUCUGCAGCGCUGUCACUCCUUGCUGGGGCUCGCGGGUUGCUGCCUGGACAGCGGCGAGGCGUACGCGCGUGUUCAGUGGACAAAAUGCAUGCCUGUUGGUCUGAGGUGAGGGCACUGAUAUUUUUUUCCAAAAUGUUCUUGCAAGUCCCAAAGAUCGACGAGUAGCUCACGAACAACGGGUUGGCGACCCCUGCUUCACGUAGUCAUUCAUUUUCAACAUAACGUCCUGUUUUAGCUUGUUGCUACCACUGCUCCCAGCCUUUUUUUAUAUAUCUGUUUAAAAUGUUGUACACCAGGGGUGUCCAAAGUGCGGCGCCGCUGUUAUUUUCAUUCUAACAAAAAAUUUAUUUAACAAGAAAAAACUGCAAAAAUGGGGAAAAAAAACAGCCGUAAUUUUACAAGAAUAGAGUUUUUUUUUUAAAUACUGAGCGAAAAAAGUUACAAUCUAACGGAAAAAAAGUUGUAAUUUCAUGACAAUAACGUAAUAUGAUGAAUCAUUUUAGUAGUAUAAAGUUGAAAUAAUAAAGAAAAAAAGACAUUUUAAAAAAAAGUUGUAAUAUGACAAACAAAACAACAAAUAAAGUUGGAAUUUUUGGAAAAUUAGGUUGGGGAAAAGUUUGAAUGUUUAACGAAUAAAGUCUAAAUGUUAUGGGAAUAAUAAGGUCAUAAUUACAAGAAGAUAAAUUUACAUGACCAAAGGUGAAAUAGUUGGAACAUUUAUAUAACAUAACUUUAUUCAUACGUCACUUCCUGUUGUAUGGAAAGGACGCUCACGGAAAAGCUCUGUCUACUACCACCGGAGUUUUAAACCUUUUGUGACUUUUGGUGACCACAGUUUGUGAUUACAACUCUGCAAGUGAGUGAUGAGACUUCUGCCUCAAUUCGGACCAGCGAGUGGACUAAACUCACCAAAACAGACAGUUGGAGCCGACAGCCGUUAAAGGCAAGCUAUCACCCUAGCAGCUGCACACGAAGCCGGAUUUUUAAAACAUCUG